AUGUUGAGCGCAGCACGUGGAGCGGUAUCUCGUACAGUAGCACGCCGAGCUCUUUCAGUUUCAGCAGCUCGUCGGGAUGCUGUAUCUUCGAGCCUAGCUGACUAUAAAGUUGUGGAUCACACUUAUGAUGCAGUAGUUGUUGGAGCAGGCGGCGCUGGUUUGAGAGCUGCAAUGGGUUUAAGCGAAGGUGGAAUGAAGACGGCUGUGGUAACAAAAUUGUUCCCAACUAGGUCACAUACUGUCGCUGCCCAAGGUGGUGUCAAUGCAGCUUUAGGCAACAUGAACCCUGAUGAUUGGAGGUGGCAUUUCUACGAUACUGUCAAAGGUAGUGAUUGGUUGGGAGAUCAAGAUGCAAUUCACUAUAUGACUAGAGAAGCCGUGAAGGCAGUUAUUGAACUGGAAAAUUAUGGAAUGCCGUUUUCGCGAACCAAGGAUGGGAAGAUUUACCAGAGAGCUUUUGGAGGACAAAGUAAUGAUUUUGGAAGGGGCGGUCAGGCACACAGGACCUGUUGUGUUGCUGACCGUACCGGGCAUUCAAUGUUGCAUACCCUCUAUGGUUCAUCUUUACAAUAUAACUGCAAAUAUUUUAUUGAAUAUUUUGCUCUUGAUCUUUUAAUGCAUAACGGAGCAUGCGUUGGUGUUAUUGCUAUGGAUUUGGAAGAUGGAACUAUUCAUCGUUUCCGGGCAAAGAACACAGUGUUGGCGACUGGUGGUUACGGACGAGCGUUCUUCAGCUGCACAUCAGCACAUACGUGUACUGGCGACGGUACUGCUAUGGUUACACGGGCAGGGCUAUGCAAUUCUGAUAUGGAAUUUGUACAGUUCCACCCAACUGGCAUUUAUGGGGCUGGAUGUUUGAUAACUGAAGGUUCAAGAGGUGAGGGUGGGUACCUCGUGAAUAGCAAAGGGGAAAGAUUUAUGGAAAAAUAUGCUCCAAAUGCAAAGGAUCUCGCGUCACGUGAUGUUGUUUCGCGUGCAAUGACAGUUGAAAUUAUGGAAGGUCGAGGCGUUGGAAAGGAGAAAGAUCAUAUCUAUCUACAGCUUCAUCAUCUCCCUGCGGAACAGCUUAUGACUAGGCUUCCAGGUAUUUCUGAAACAGCUGAGAUCUUCGCUGGUGUUGAUGUCACGAAAGAGCCAAUUCCUGUAAUUCCAACAGUACAUUACAAUAUGGGUGGUACUCCAACUAACUAUAUGGGCCAAGUGAUCAAGUAUACUAAAGGAAAAGGCGACCAGAUUGUUCCUGGUUUGUAUGCUGCCGGUGAGUGCGCUGCUCACUCCGUACAUGGGGCAAAUAGGCUGGGUGCAAAUUCAUUGCUUGACCUUGUCAUUUUUGGCCGAGCAUGUUCUGUCAGCAUCUUGAAGAAUAACAAGCCUGGUGACAGUAUCCCUGAACUGCCAAAGAAUGCAGGAGAAGCAUCAAUUGCUAAUCUGGACAAGAUGAGGCACGCAAAAGGCGAUAUAUCAACUGCAGAUUUAAGGUUGAAGAUGCAGAAGACAAUGCAGAAACAUGCAGCUGUAUUCCGUCGUGGAGACAUCUUACAGGAAGGUGUCAAAAAGAUGGAGGAUCUUUUCAAAGAACAAAAACACUUGAAGACAACUGAUCGUGGACUUGUUUGGAAUUCUGACUUAAUAGAAACCCUCGAACUGCAGAACUUGAUGCUAAAUGCUACGCAGACUAUUGUUGCUGCUGAGAACCGUAAAGAGUCUCGUGGUGCUCAUGCUCGUGAUGAUUUCCCUAACAGGAUUGACGAGUAUGAUUACUCGAAACCGUUGGAAGGCCAAGUUAAAAAACCGAUAGAGCAGCACUGGCGUAAACACACAAUUCUUUAUCAGGAACCAGAGAGUGGAAAGGUUAUUACGAUUGACUAUAGACCUGUCAUUGACAAAACAUUAGAUAAGAAGGAAACUGAUUGGGUGCCACCGAAAGUCCGCUCGUAUUAA